AUGCCUGCCGUACCUGCCUCGCACGUGCUUCGCACGUUGUGCUGCCUGCGGUGCGUCAACCACUGGGGCGCGUACAAGCUUACUGCCGCCGGCGAGCUUCCUUUAAAUGACGAGCUUUUGGAGCGCCUUAAGGAGGAUUGCUCGCGCACGAGCCUGUACCAAAAGUGCUCGAGCUGCAACGACCCCAAGAACGGCCAUCUAUGCGAGGUGGUUCCUGCGAACUUCCGCCGCGCCAUGAACGUCCUCGUCGAGCUCCGCACCAUCGCUCUGCUGCCCAAUCAAGCCGACGCCGAGUCGCUUCGCAAGAAGCUUGUACGCGCCUGCUCGUACGCCAAGUCGCUGCGCGCCACCCUCACCGGCUACGCUUCUCGCAAGAAAAAUGAGAUCAAGAAGGCUGGUGGUGAUGACGUCUACGCGCACGCAAGGCGUGAGUCUCUGGCCAACAACCUCAAGCGUCAGGAGCUGGGCAUGCAGGGCGUAGGGCUGAUGGAGCCGAUGAACAUUGUUGUGGAUGCUGAGCUGGAGGAGUGGCUGGUCGAGUACAUUGAGCAGAACUACAAGAGGGCUGAGAAGGCGAACCAGGAAUUGAGGAGGGUUUGGUUUGGCGUGACGGCCACUUAG